CGAGUAUAAGAAAGUACGGCUUGUUUGUCUUUUGCUUUUUCAUCAUCUCUCUCUGUCUCUUCCUCUAGGGUUUGUUCAUCGCUCUAGAAUCUUUUCUUCCCUAAUUUACAUCGGAUUUUUCUUUCCUUGUGAAAUUCCGUCGUUUCUUCGCUUCGAUUCUCGUACCUUAGAAUUCUUUGUUUUUGUUAAUUGAGUUGCGAUAAACGAUGUUUUUGGUCGAUUGGUUCUACGGUGUUCUUGCUUCACUUGGAUUAUGGCAGAAAGAAGCUAAGAUCUUGUUCUUAGGUCUCGAUAAUGCCGGAAAAACCACCUUACUUCAUAUGUUGAAAGACGAGAGAUUGGUUCAACAUCAGCCAACUCAGUAUCCAACAUCUGAAGAACUCAGUAUUGGUAAAAUCAAGUUCAAGGCCUUCGAUUUGGGAGGACAUCAGAUCGCUCGUCGCGUCUGGAAAGAUUACUAUGCCAAAGUGGAUGCGGUGGUUUAUUUGGUGGAUGCUUUUGACAAGGAGAGGUUCGCUGAGUCCAAGAAGGAGCUGGAUGCUCUCCUCUCUGAUGAAGCAUUGGCCAGUGUUCCGUUCCUGAUUUUAGGGAACAAAAUCGACAUACCUUAUGCAGCUUCUGAAGAUGAGUUGCGCUAUCAUCUUGGUCUGUCCAACUUUACCACUGGUAAGGGGAAGGUUAACCUGGCAGAGUCCAACGUCCGGCCUAUGGAGGUAUUCAUGUGCAGCAUUGUCAGGAAAAUGGGUUAUGGGGAGGGCUUCAAGUGGCUUUCGCAGUACAUUUAAAAUAGGUUCUUCUUAGCUUUUUGUAUGCCUUACAAGUUACAAGUUUAGAUGCUAUUCCCACCUGAAUUUAAGCUGUAUGUGUUGUGUAGUUUAGAUGGAUGUUUUCAGUUGCUGGUUGAUUGGCAUUAUGACAAAUUGACUAAGAUAGGCCAGUUUUUCAUAUAUGGGUGUGCAUAACGAACGUUGUGAUUGUAACAGUUUUAUUUAGUUAAAAAUUGCUGCUGAAGUACAUUUGUAUGCGAUUAUAGCACCUAUUUGUUUUA